UAUUGUGUAAGUGUCCUGCCCUUCCUCCAGCCGACAAAAUGCCGACGUCUCCCGUGAAAACGCGGAUCCCCCUCACCAGCUUCGGUCAUCUGAUAACAGAGGUGAAGAGACAGCUGUUUGGCAUUGAGGCCCCAGCUUCUGUGGAACUGACUGGUUGGAGGAAAUACUUUAAUAGCUACACUCUGCAGGGGCGUCGAAAUUGUGUCUUGGCUACUUACGGGAUCUUGGGUGUAACGGCAGCUGCCUACUUCAUGCACAGACAAAACAAAAAAGAAACGUCCAGCUCCACGGCCUGAAAAAGAUCAGAACUCUCACAGUGACAUUUGUUCCUGUUCGUUAAUAAAGACUAUAUAAAUGCUCAA